UUUCUUCAUAGAAAAUCGCACGGGAAAUUUUUGGGGCAGCCGAUAAUAGAAUGUGAAAAAUAGUAUCAAUUCAAUAAAUUAUUCUGAAAUUGUUAGAAAUUUUAUUUUAAACCCUCGCGGUAUAUUACGCGUUGGAAUUCUGUGCGAAUAUGUCCGUAAAAUGUGAGAAAAGACGUGAACGUUUUAUGAAAAUGGUGUCUAAUUAGUGUUGAUUUGUGCGGGUACGGUACGGGUGUGCAGCGGAGUUGUGUGGAGUGCGGCGAUCUGCAACACUUUCGGCAAUGGACAAAGAAAAUUGUUUGGAAUUGUGAAAAUGUAAAGAAACCAUAAUAUAUAUUGAAAACAUAGGCCUGCAAAAUUAAUUAAAGCCGCCAGGCGGGCGUUGUUUGCGUAUGGCCACAAGCUGCGUUACGAUCAAUUGUGCUUAAAAAUAGAAUUGAAGCACAUCUGUGGGUAUGGGUAUGUGUGUGUGUGGAUAUAAAAAAGGAAAAUAAAAAAGAAGACUGAAAGAAAGUGGAAGAAUUUUUCACAACGGCUUGCGAGGGAGGACCUGGAAAUCAUAUACGGACCACAAAUUAUCCAAGAAAACAUUAAAAAAAGAAAGUACCAAAAUUAGUACAAAAAUUUGUCGGAACUCUUAAUGGACUGUCUCUAACAGAGGACUCCACCCUAUAGUACACCCUUGGCUCCUGCCACUUCAUAUCAUUUUCAUCACUUCGCUACUGUACACAUACGCAGGCGGCUUCAAGUCGUUCUGUAUCGCGUUGCGUUAAGUACGCGUUUUGCCUCGAUAAAACGACACUUUCAUUAUAAAUCAACGUAGAAGAAAAGUGAAGUUAAGAAUAUCGGCAAUUGGUUUGCAGUUGCUUUCGGUUGCCUCAUUUCUUCGUACACGAAUUUUUUCUAGUUUUAUUUUAUCUUUAUAUAUUUCCGACUGGACUGGUUGGCGGCUAAGUGUCCGCCUAAAUAUAGCCGUCAAUUUGUGGUCGUCAUCUGGAUUUGCCUUCUGUGACGGCGACAGCCCGAACGCCGGCAAAGUGGAUGCCCGGGGCAACCUGGGUGUGCCCCAGGACUACGCAGGCAUGGUGGGCUUAGCGGGUGGAGGUGGUCCCGGUGGUGCUGCAGGUCAUCUGUAUGGACCAGUGCCGCCACAAGACACAUUAAUAGUGCGCGACAUGGUGCAAAUGCCACCGCCUCCAUCAAAUGCACCGACAUCAGCAGAUGCGUGCUUGAGCAUUGUUCAUUCACUCAUGUGCCAUCGACAAGGUGGCGAGAGUGAAGGCUUUGCAAAACGUGCUAUUGAAUCGCUGGUGAAGAAAUUAAAAGAAAAGCGUGAUGAAUUGGAUUCGCUGAUAACGGCCAUCACCACGAACGGUGCACAUCCUAGCAAAUGUGUCACUAUUCAACGAACAUUAGACGGCCGUUUGCAGGUUGCUGGUCGUAAGGGCUUUCCACAUGUCAUAUACGCACGCAUUUGGCGUUGGCCAGAUCUGCACAAAAACGAACUAAAGCACGUUAAAUAUUGUGCAUUCGCUUUCGAUCUCAAAUGCGAUUCAGUUUGCGUCAAUCCGUAUCAUUAUGAGCGGGUCGUUUCACCAGGCAUCGAUUUGUCCGGUUUGAGCCUGCAGUCCGGGCCAAGUCGUUUGGUGAAAGAUGAAUAUUCGGCUGGUCCGUUAGUCGGUGGCAUGGAUAUUGAUGGUAAUGACAUCGGUACUAUACAACACCAUCCAUCACAAUUGGUUGGUCCUGGCUAUGGAUAUCCCCAAGGUCCAGUUGCCGAUUCAAAUCAUGCAAUGAAUGCUAUGUUCGUUGCGGGUCGCACAAUACCAAAAAUUGAACCAGGCGAUGGUAGCGGUAUGCCCCGAGGUGCCUGGAUGGCGCCACCACCACCACGGUUGGGUCAACCCCAGCAACUGUCGCAAACACAACCACAACCAUCGCAACAGCAAACCCAGCAAGCACAACAAUCGCAGCAACAGCGUGUGACUCAAGUUUCCCAACAUCCGCUUUCUGUUGCACAUGGAAUGCCUUUGGCUGGACCAAUGAACCCCGGCGGCCCAGUUAUGGGCCCACCUCCCCCGCCUCAACUACAGAAUACACAAGGCAACGGUCCGAAUGGUAACAUUUUAGCUGGUGCUGGUCAUCAUUCUCAAGCCAACUCACCUACAGACGCGUUGCAGCAGGUGCAGAACGCUAGUGGUGGUGGAAGUGGCGGCGUCGGUGUAAAUGCUGGCGGCGCAGCAAAUACGACUGCGUCAAACCAAGGCACAUACUACGGACCACCAACCACAUCACAGAUGCCCAACGUGGCAGAGGCCAAGUUUAAUGCUGCAUUAAAUAGCGCUGGACCAGGCGGUGGCGUACAACAGCCUCAUUCACCACAUUUACAACAAAACGGUUACGUAACGGGCGGUGGUGCGCCAGCAAACUACGUUCAACAAGUAUCUGGUGCUAGUGGUGCUGGUGGUAGUGGUGCACAGUCAGCUUCGCAAGCCAAUGCCGGUGGCCAAGUUGUAUCCGGUGGUACAGUAGGUGCCGGCGGCACAUGGACUGGGUCAAGUACGCUCACCUACACACAGUCAAUGCAGCCGCCAGAUCCACGCGCACAUCCCACAGGUUAUUGGAAUGCACCGUUAAGUGGAGAUAUGAGUGGUAAUCAACAACAACAGCAACAACCCCGUAUGCUGUCUCGUCAACCAGCCCCAGAAUAUUGGUGUUCAAUUGCUUACUUUGAGUUGGAUACGCAGGUGGGCGAAACGUUCAAGGUACCAUCAGCCAAGCCAAAUGUUAUUAUCGACGGUUAUGUUGACCCUUCUGGCGGUAAUCGCUUUUGUCUUGGUGCACUCAGUAACGUACACCGUACAGAGCAAUCGGAGCGCGCAAGGCUUCAUAUUGGUAAAGGAGUUCAACUUGAUCUACGAGGUGAGGGUGACGUUUGGUUACGCUGUCUCAGCGAUAAUUCGGUAUUCGUACAAAGUUACUAUCUCGAUCGUGAGGCUGGCCGUACUCCAGGCGAUGCUGUGCAUAAAAUUUAUCCAGUUGCCUGCAUUAAGGUUUUUGAUUUGCGUCAGUGCCAUCAACAGAUGCAUUCGUUAGCGACAAAUGCACAAGCAGCGGCUGCCGCACAAGCAGCUGCCGUCGCGGGACUGCCUAGCUCACAAAUAGGCGGUGCGCCACGAAAUAUUACUGCAGCCGCAGGAAUCGGAGUUGAUGAUUUGCGCCGCUUGUGUAUUUUACGCUUAAGUUUUGUCAAAGGCUGGGGACCUGAUUAUCCAAGACAAUCGAUCAAGGAGACACCUUGUUGGAUAGAGGUGCAUCUUCAUCGCGCCUUACAGCUAUUGGAUGAAGUGUUGCAUGCAAUGCCCAUCGAUGGGCCGCGUGCGAUGGCUUAAAAUCAGUUAUUCAUCAGCCAAAAUCCAAGAUUAAAAACAAAAAAAUUAAUACGUUCAAACAAGUUCAGUAAAUAACUAAAGUUCAGCUCAAUUCUUGACUGUGAGUCAGAAAGUAAGGAGAGGAAAUUAUGGGCAACGGCCAUUUUGAAUCAUCACAUUUUCCUGUUUCUUAUUUUUUUAGUCUUACAAGUGAAUUUUCGAGUUGUAUUUAAGUUAGACGGAUAAAGCAAGAAAGGCGGCGGCGGUUUAUGUUUGUCUGUUUUGAAAGAUUAUAAUGAUGAUUACACGAAAAAAUUUUGCAAAGCCGUAGAAUCAUCAUAUUGGAAACUUAUGUCUUUAAUUUUAAUCUGUUUACUGUCAUGUACCCCUCUCAUUAAAAUGCAAUAACUAUUAAAAAGAAAAAUGCAAUCAAAAAUGCUAAAGAAGCAUAAACAUGUUCUAAAAAAAUAAAUUUAUAUUUUAUAAAAAAAAAAUCUGGCAUGUAACUUUUAAACUGUGAAAUUACCGUUAAGAAAUCGUAAAAUUCGAGAUUGUACACAUUUUUAUUUUUUAUGGACUUCUCUUUGUCACCAUAGUGAAUGUUGAUGGCUUUGUUUUUAUAGUUUCGACAAGGCAACCAUUUUUUGAGUGUUUCAAAUU